AUGUGGCAUUCGACGCCCGUACAUUGGGUUGUCCAUUUUUGCCUCGCAUGGCUGGUACUGCUGUGUGGACUUGUGGUCGCUGAACCUGUGCCUGUCUCUGUUGAUGUGGUUUCCAGGUCAACGGGGUCUGUUUUGGGGAUUGAGGAGAGCAGUUCUUCGCUGCAGAAACGCGACAAUGGUACUUUCUUGUUAAGGAUUAUGCCGCUCGGAGCUUCGAUUACCCUGGGUUAUAGGUCGACGGAUCAUAAUGGGUAUCGGAAGGCGCUGAGGCAGCAGCUUCGGUAUGAGGGGUGGCAGGUUAAUAUGAUUGGGAGUUUGAGGAAUGGGACUAUGCAUGAUAAUCAUCACGAAGGCCAUUACGGAUACAGAAUCGACCAACUAGAAUCCAAAAUCCAACAAACAAUCCUCCAAAAACCAAACCUGAUUCUAAUCAACGCCGGCACAAACGACGCCGUCCAAAAUCACCAAAUAACAACCGCAGGCCUACGCAUGAACACCCUCCUAACAACCCUCUACACCUCCAUCCCAAACACAACAAUAAUCCUAUCAACCCUCCUCCCCAACAAAAAGCACCAAGACCGCGUCGACCAAAUCAGCGCUCAAUAUCGAAACUUAGUCGCCCUGCGCAGAGAACAGAAUGACCGCAUCGUUCUGGCCGAUAUGAGCUCGUUUAUCAAAGCGUCCCAGCUCGUUGAUGGCACGCAUCCGGAUGAUCAGGGGUAUAGGGAGAUGGCGGCGGUUUGGUGGGCUGCUGUCAAGGUUGCGGAGACCGAGGGGUUGAUGCAGUUUGCCGAGGGGACGGGGGAGGAUGGGAGGAUUAGUGAUGCUGCGGAGGGGAAGUUGGAUGGGGGGAUAGUAUUGGGGAUCCUGGGUUGCCGGCUUAUACGGCGCCGGCGCAGCCGAGUU